AUGGGUUAUUUGAUUAAUAAUACAAAUCACAUAUCAAGUACCAUUAAGGAGAUGGAGCCGUACCGCGUAUUGAGAGGCCGUGUUAAUAGUAUAAGGUUUCAGCCAGAUGAACGCCUAAUACCGUUCUUGGAGUUAGCCGGGUUCGGAUCAGCAGCAUUGAUCCGAACUUUUGAUCUGCGAUAUGACUUGAUUUCCGCUUUAGUCGAGCGAUGGCGUCCGGAGACCCACACAUUUCAUUUGCCAUACGGGGAGUGCACCAUCACUCUAGAAGACGUUGCAGUACAACUCGGAAUCCCCAUCAACGGGAACGCGGUCACGGGCGUAAGUUCGAUGUCCAGGCCGGCAACCCUUUGCUAUAAAUUACUUGGACGCUCGCCAAGUGAGGGGAAAUUUGCCAGUUUGAGGUUGUCAUGGCUAAAGGCCAAUUUUGAGUAUUUGCCAAGUAUUGCCAAUGAACGGGAGGUGAUGCAGGCCGUUCGAGCUUACAUUAUGCACCUUAUAAGGGGUUUACUUAUGACAGAAUCAAACAGCAGUACUGUUCACUUGAUUGUUAGCCAUGUUGUAUCGAGAACUUUGUCAGACGACAGAUCCUUCUGCGAUGGACGUAGGCGGAUGCCUCAUACUGCUGCAAUUGUGAGCACUUUACCGGAUGUCAUUCUUGGCAUCAAUUAG